UAUUCUGGCAGCAGAGCUUGUGUGACGCCACAGCCAGUGUGGCAGCUGAGAAUGUGACGGCAGUCACAGACCGCUAUUUUGAGGACCAGGGGACAGUCACAGAGCUGGACAAAGAAUAGACGCCUGCAUAACUGGAUCCUGGCUCACGUCGAAGUCCGGCGUGGUGGAGUUUCCCCGAACUCCGCCAAAUGGUUAGCGGACAGCGGUUUUCUGCUUUCUUCCACUGCGGGGGUGAAGGCUGAAGUGCUCGGCGUGGACACACAGCCACCCCAAAUCGAACCUGAAACGUGUCAUUCAUUUGUUUACAUUUCGUUCUUGUGGUUUAAAUGUUUCAUCACCGAAGAGCCUUCCUGCACGCACCAGCCAUUGACUGAAAUCAUCGGCGAACCGCGCUCAACCUGCCGCCGCGACUUCCUGCGUGCAAACAUUAAUAAAUGAUAGAGGAUACGAUGACCCUGUUGUCCCUCUUAGGUCGUAUCAUGCGUUAUUUUCUGCUCAGACCGGAGACCCUGUUCCUGCUGUGCAUCAGCCUGGCCCUGUGGAGUUACUUCUUCCACACGGACGAAGUGAAGACCAUCGUCAAGUCCAGCAGAGAUGCAGUGAAGAUGGUCAAGGGGAAAGUGGCCGAGAUGAUGCAGAACGAGCGUUUCGGUGGCCUGGACGUCCUGGACGCCGAGUUCGCCAAGACGUGGGAGUUGAAAAGCAACAACGUAGCCGUCUACUCCAUCCAAGGCCGGAGAGACCACAUGGAGGAUCGCUUCGAGGUGCUCUCCGACAUUGUCAACAAGAGCCACCCAUCCAUUUUUGGGAUUUUUGAUGGCCACGGAGGAGAGGCUGCUGCUGACUAUGUAAAAGCUCACCUGCCGGAGGCGCUUCGCCAGCAGCUGCUGACCUAUGAACGUGAGAAAGAGCGAGACAGGGAAAAGGAGAAGGAGAAGGAGGAGAAAAAAGAGAUGGGUGGCUUGUCUUACCCAUCCAUCCUGGAGCAGCAAAUCCUGACGUUAGACCGGGAAAUGUUGGAAAAGCUCUCCUCUACGUACAAUGAAGCAGGCACCACGUGUCUGGUGGCCCUCCUGUCCGAUAAGGAGCUGACGGUAGCCAACGUCGGCGAUUCGCGAGGAGUGCUUUGCGAUAAAGACGGCAACGCCAUUCCUCUAUCACACGACCACAAGCCGUACCAGCUUAAAGAACGCAAGAGGAUCAAGAAAGCCGGUGGCUUCAUCAGUUUCAACGGCUCAUGGCGGGUGCAGGGCAUCCUGGCAAUGUCCCGCUCACUGGGCGACUACACCCUGAAGAAUCUCAACGUGGUCGUCCCCGAUCCUGACGUCCUCUCCUUCGACCUGAACAAGCUGCAGCCAGAGUUUAUGAUCCUGGCAUCGGACGGCCUCUGGGACACAUUCAGCAACGAGGAAGCCGUGCGCUUCAUCAGGGAACGACUGGACGAGCCUCACUUCGGCGCCAAAAGCAUUGUCCUCCAGUCUUUCUACCGCGGUUGCCCUGACAACAUCACCGUCAUGGUGGUCAAGUUCAAAGGCAAGGCUGGUGAGCAGUAGGUAAAGAACAAGUAAGAAGAAGCACCAACCCUGAAACUUUUUGAGGGAUUUCUAUGGUAAUGGUAAUGGUUUAAUUUAUUUUAAACAUGCAUACAAGUUAUAUUGGAAUACAUCACAUAAUACAAUUCACAGUUCCCCAUGUCCAAAAAGGAGUAGGAAGAAGGAAAGCUUAUUUAAUCCUACCCCCUAUGUUUCACACCAAUUACUAUACAUUUGUUCACUUCCUGUUGUCCAUUCUUUGCCGAUUUUAAACACAUAGAAAAAUGAUAAGGCAGUAUAAUAAUGUGGUACAAUAGGAGUCAAGGUUUAUAAUAACUGUAAAAUAAAUUAUAGAACAGUCAUAAUAAAUAAUAAUAGAUAUAUAACAGUAACUGAUGAAAAGGUGACUAGAAACAUAGUUGGAUAAUGGGUGCGUACAGACAAUGUACUCACAAGGAAAUGAAGAGUUAGUAAGUGCAAAGUGAUUAGACAUAGCAUUGGAAUGUACACUGUGGUUCAGGACUGCUUCCUUGUACUUUGUAAACAUCAACUGCUUGCAUACCGUUUCUUGAAAUCGUUAAUUUUAGUUCAUUAAGUUCUUUACUCAAUCCGUUCCAUAAUUUGAUUCCACAUACUGAUAUGCUGAAGGUUUUUUGCGUUGUUCUUGCAUACAAGUAUUUUAAGUUACAUUUUUCCCUAAGGCCAUAUUUCUGCUCUGUUGUUGAGAAGAACUGUAUUAUAUUUUUGGGUAGCACGUUAUUGCUUUUUGCUUUUUGCGUAAUUUUAGCUGUUUGAAAGUUUACCAGAUGAGCAAAUUUUAAGAAUUGUGGAUUUUUUAGGAAUAAAGCAUUGGUAUGUUCUCUGUAAGCGGCAUUAUGAAUUACCCUGACUGAUCUUUUUUUGUAGCACAGUUAGUGAGUGAAGUGUACUUUUGGAUUUAUUUCCUCAUAUCUCCACACAAUAAAUUAGAUAUGGACUACCAGAGAGCAAUAGAGAGUUGUCAAUGAGUUUGCUGUGUACAGAAGUACAGCCAUCCCUUGUUUAUCGUGGUUAAUUGCUUCCAGACCCCCAAAGUAGAAUUAAUAAAUGGAAUAUUUUUGUAAUUAGAGCGUAGAAAACCUGGUUAUCCAUCCAUCCAUUUUCUACGGCACUUAUUCUCACUAGGGUCGUGGGGGAAUGCUGGAGCCUAUCUUAGAUGACUUCGGGCGAGAGGCGGGGUACACCCUGCACUGAUCGCCAGCCAAUCGCAGGGCACAUAUAGACAAACAACCAUUCACACUCACAAUAGAAAACCUAUUUGUGACUGUUUCAAUACGAUUUUACCGUUACUAGAGCGCUGUGGACAUGAAGUAACACCCGUAUAGUCACCCUAACACUCCUGGUAUUCGUUGUUUACAUUUAGUUACACAUUAGCAUGCUACAGAGUAAACUAGUUAGCCGCAAACUUAAGGUUUUCAAAUGGAGUGGGGACAAAGGACAACAAGGAACAAAGGACAAAGUAAGAAGCCAAAAAUUUACCAAUUCCACAUGGAAUGGGAGGAGAACUUAUUUUCACUAUGUCAUGUCAGACAUGCCGUUCCUGACUCCAUGCAGUGUGAAGGUAAUCUAAUCUAAUCAUGUCUCACCAGUGUGACAUUACUGACACCUAGUGCACAGAAUACUACAUAUAAAUUGUAUUUCAAUAUUUUUCAACUAAUAAUAGUCCAUAGUGAACCACGAAACAGCAGUCAUUAAUUCAUUAACUAAUUUUCGAGAAAAAAAACGCGAUAGAACGAGAAAGCGAUAUUUGAACCGCGAUGGGAUGAAUGUACAACAUGACAUCAACAAUGAAAAGUUGCUAUAACACAGCUCCUCCUGGCAGGACUGGUAUGGAAACAGGAGCUUAGAACAUCCUCAAAUUGAGAUUCGGCCAUUCCAUUAAAAAUAACAAAAAAACAGUCAAUACAGUUUUGUGUGAUUCGUUUUUUGUUUAAAAUCUUUCCCAAAAUUUUGACUCGGUUUUUGUGCACUCCCUUACUACUAUGUGCCCAAUCUGCUUCACAAAAGUGCUCCAAAUGUGUCAGGUUGCAAGAGCAUCUCUUGUGUUCACAUUUUUGUGUCCACACAUUUUCUGUUUGAUUUAGGUCUAUUCCUACUGUAAGCUCAAUUUUCUAAAACAUUUUAUUGUUUAUAUUUUGGUUACUAUGGUUUACAUGACUUAACAUUUAGAAAUGGAGGAUAAGCAGCAUAGAAGAUGGAUGGAUGGACAUUUAGAAAUUACAUGUAAGUUAGUUUAGAGGAUAUAAUUGAACGUUCACCGUGAUUUACAGUAUUACACUAUUUUAUUUAGGGUUUGUCAUCAAACUUUGAGACUUCCACAUAUGCAGUAGGUGAGUUGAACAGAAAGUGAAGUGUUUUAUGUUGAAAAGAAGUGUUGGCGACAAGAGAGCCACAUAGUUGUUUUACCUUUUUGACCGUUUAACACGAUUCUCAUGCCAUCACUCUGAAGAAGUUCCAGAGACACAGAAGUGAGUUCAAGAUUAAAAAUAGGCACUACACCGGGACUUUAGUAUUCUUCUACUGAGGCCGUUACUUUGUUGUGGUGAAUGUAUUUUGGGAGGAUAUUACCAUGCGAAAAGCAGAUAUUCCUCUUUUAGCAGAUUGCCUUUGUGAAGGUUGGUUGCUAAGUUCCAGCUGAAGAAAAACGAGCCCAACGUAUGACCACCAUGUUUUACUGUGAGUGUCGUGUUCAGCAUUUUUCAGCAUUGCACCACAUUUUUCUUACAAAGAAAACCAUCGUACACUACUGUACGUUGGUGCCCUGACUGUAUUCCUGCACCAAUGCAUUGUGAAGCCAGAAUUUCAAAUUGUACAAUAACCUAGAGUUGUCAUUUCCUCAUCAUUUUCACCGAGUCUACUUUAUGUGCGUUGACAUCGUGGAUAUGCUUUAAAGUAGUCGGUGUACUGCAUGUGUAGGUUUACUGUCCUCUGAAAAUAAUAAUAUUGUAGUUGGCAACACAAGUGAACCAAACUGUGUCCAUUUAGUGACAUUACCAUUGUUUUCCGGCGCUGCCUUAAUUCGUUUGGGCAUGGAAUUCACAAGAGUUGCACAGGUGGUUGGAGAAGAUGCCCCACAGGUGCUCAACUGGGUUCAGGUGUGGAGACAUACUUGGCCACUCCAUCACCUUCAGCUUUCUCAGCAAGCACUUGUCAUUUGGAGGUGAGUUUGAGCUAUCAUGCUGGAAAACUGCUGGAAAACUGCCACAUAGACCAAUUUAUGCUACAGAAUGUCACAAUACAUGUUACAAUGAACCACAGCUCCCCAGUGCCAACAGCACUCAUGCAGACCCAGACCAUGACACUACCACCACCAUGCUUGACUGUAGGGAAAGGCACAAUUACUGUACCUUGGUACUCACUUGUGUUGCCAGGUAUUUAGACAAUAAUGGCUUUAUGUUGAGUCAUUUUCAAAGGAGAGUGAAUCUAUACUGCUAUAAGAGCUGUACACUGACGACUCUAAAGUAUAGGUUUAUUUUUAUAAUAUUGUCCAUUGAGAAGAUAUAUUGUAGUACAAAUGGCUGCUGAGGUGUGAGGGGUGUUCUCACUUUUGUACACUUACCGUAUGUCAUUUAAAAUUGCGGGUUUUGGCAAGUUCCGUUUUAAUUGUGGCUGCUGCUAAACAAUAUUAUGGGGUUACUAGCAGCAAGGGAUCACAUGACUUUUCUUGGUCCUCUAUCACCAUUCAGAUUGUACAGUAAUAGGAGCUGUUGUAACCUCAUGUAAUGAUCACGAAUGAGGAUCACUGACUUUUUGAACGUUUUGGUUCAGAAAAAAUGAUAGCUGACUGAAAGAUUUUUUUUUUUAACAAAUCUAGCUCCCAUCUUAUUAGCAUAAAGUAUUUGCUCUGCUGCUCAUGCAAAUUCUGGUCACUUUGAUGGAGCAUAAUAUGAUCUUUAUGAAGCAAUACAUGUCUAAUGAAACUGAAGUCAUUACAUUACUACAUUACUAACAGUUGCUGACAUUGAUUGCUCAUGUAAACAUAGCAAAUAACAUACAUCACAUUGUACAAUAAGUCCGAUUCCAUUCUGUUUGGCUCCUGCACUCUACAUGAAACAAACCUCCAAAUGAUUGUUGUUGCCUUAUGUUUUUUGCUUUCCUUUAAUGCCAAACCUUUUUGAUUUAGCACCCCCACAUGACUGUUGUGUCACACUCUUAUAAUCUGUAAAAUAGAUGUUUUUAAAAAAUGUCUCUGAGAGGCAUGAAUGUACAUACUGUGUUAAUGUUGCCGUCAUUCUCCCUUGCUGCUGUUAUGCAGCAACAAAGAAAGCAAGGCUGAUUGUCUCGCGCCAGCAAUAUUUCCAGUACCUGCCGUUGUUUUUUUCAUUUCAACAUUGCAGAAUGUUAAUUGCAUUGUUAAUUAGCAUUUGUUUUGUUGAUUGUAAAAAGCUAUGUGGAUUAAAAAAUGAUAUUUUAAGGCGUAAUUAAAUAA